AUGGAUAAACUGCGCAAAGAAGCCCGCGAGGCUCUCGUGCAGAAUCCCGGCAAAAUGCCAAUCGGUUUCUUCCCCGCCGUUGCAGCUGCGUCCAAAUGUGAUUUGGCUCAAUUAUGGGAGAACGUCGCUACUUAUGAUCACUCAACGCAUUUGAAUAGUCUCGUUACUGUGACCAGUUAUAUCGACUACUGGGAUGGCAUGCUGCCAAAUGACCAAGGCCCGCGACCCUUGAAACCAGCCGAGGCCAAGGCCGUGAACAAUUUGUUCGACUGGGCCAGUGCUGCUGCUCUGCCUUCAUCAGGUUUUGCAGUCGAUUUUGAUGAGACUGCUGAGAUUUCAGACGAUGUUAUCAAAGCUCAGAACGAGAGUCGGUUUAGGUCUGAGCUCGCUCUAGAGUUGCUUCUGGUUUUGAACAAGCCCUUGACAGGUCUGCCAAAUGGCAAACCAGACAAUGCAGCGGACAUUCUUCUUGCGGGGGCAUGUUUUGCCAACGAGCAAAAUCCAUGGGCCACGUCAGAGAGCUAUAAUGCGGCGUCAAUGCUCAUGAGCGUGUGGGUUCAGGACACUCGUCGCGCCAAUACAUUCUGGCCUGCUAUCGACUUUAUCCUCAGGGACAGGAUUAGGCCUCUUUUUGCAAAGACAAAAAAUCCCGCCAUCACCAGUGCCGGCCGCAAGAAUUUCCAUCCUCAAACUCUACCUCGCUUCGGCGCAAGCGAUUCAGAUGCAUCGGCGAAGCCUUGGAAGACCACCGAUGUUUACGUCGCAUCUGUGUUGUCGUGGAUCCUCUCACAGUACCAACUUGAGGACAAAGCAGAAUUCGAAGCACACUUCCAGCUUUUCGUACCCACUAUCCUAGCAAUGGUUGACGACAACAACCUCCCAUAUAAAACAAAAGGCUGUGCUCUACUGACUCAGCUGCUGCAACCGAUUCAAAGCAGCGGCUCCGACAUCCUCCGUCGAACCAACCUCACUUCUGUCUUCGAAGACGCCGUCACGCCGUGUCUUCUCUCCCUACCAUCCAUCACACCCGAGGAAAGAUCCCUAGAGCUACUAGGAGAAGCAUAUCCAGCCCUCCUAUCUACCCUCAAAACCGCAUAUAAAGGCCCCGCCCAAUCCGAAAAGGAUAAAGAGGCCUACACUACCAGCCUUUCCAAAAUUCUCCGAUCAAACCUCAUCUCCUCCUUCCACCACGUCAGCUCCGGGACUCCAGCCUCCGGCUCAACGGCAUCCUUCCCGCACCCCCAUCUCUCAACCUUCCUCCUACAAAAGAUAACAAUCAUCAUCGAUGAGCUGGGAAUACACACAACAAAGUAUCUCCAAGAACUCAUCCCAGUCCUCUACACCACACUAUCAAACCCAUUCGGAACAGCACAUCCCCCACUCCUGCUUGCUGCAGCACUAGCUACACAGGUGGUGAUCAAGAACGCACACCCGCGGAUCUGGCGCUGGCGUGGUGAGAUCCUGAGCGGGCUGAGUUCGUGUUGGCUCCAUAUUGCCGAGGAUAGCGGAGAUUCCUCUGAGCUGACCAAUCUGAAGCACGAGUUGAAAACCACGCUUCAGGUUUUGAAGCUUGUUUUGUUGAACCCUGUUGCUAUUGCGGCUGAUGGUCCAGACCCAGAACAAGUUCAGGUGAAGGAAAAUGUGGAAAUGGAGUUCCAGGAACUUGUUGAUGCGGAUUCAGAGCUUAAGGGACUUUUUGCUUGA